AUGUCAACCGACAGCGAUCAUAGACUGGACAGAGUUAUUCAGAGGCUGGAAGAUUCAUUUUUGAGAGAUUCAGAAGACUUCUCCUUGAGAGGAGCUGAUGGUAGGCCAGCCAGUAUCCCAGCAAGAAUCCGUGAAAUCAUCACCAGAAAUCUGUCCUCGGAGGAAUCAUUUGGGCCGGGAAUAAUGACGCAGCCUUCAGUCUCUGGUUUGCAAGAGGAGAACCGUCUUCUGUCACAGGAACUGAAUCGAGUUGAGGAUCUCCUGUCAGCAUCAAGAGCGGAAAGGGAUGAACUGAGCAUCAAGUACAAUGCCUUGAGUGAGAGGCUGGAAACCUCCCUGAAAAGUGAUUCUGGACUGGACACAACCAGCAGUGAGAUGGCUUCUCGGAACCUGGCCCAGCAGAACAUUGAUCUGAGACGCAAGCUGGAGGAAGAACAUUCCAGUUACAAGAGGAAACUACAGGCAUACCAGGAUGGGCAACAAAGGCAGGCACAGCUAGUGCAGAAACUGCAGGCCAAGCUACUGCAGUACAAGAAAAAAUGCCAGGAUCUUGAAGAUGCUGUUCGCACCAAAGAUACAGAAAUUACCAGGGUCUAUAGCAACAAGAGCACCAGUGAGAGCAGGUACAAGUUUAUGGACAUGGAAUCGGCCAGUGAUCUGCAGUCUGUGCUGGAGCAGCUGGAGGAAGAGAGACAGAGGUGCAAUGGUCUGGAUCAUGUCAACAAGGUGCUUCGUGAGCAGCUGGACCAGGCCACGUCCACCAAUCAACAGGACUGGCAGACUGCCAGGGAGGAGCUGGAAGCCAAGGAGAUGGAGUGGAGGGAGGAGGAGAAGUCUUUCAAUGAAUUUUACAACUCGGAACACUCCCGCUUGCUGUCCCUGUGGCGAGCUGUUGUUACCUUCCGGCGGCAGUUUGGAGAGAUGAAAGUGGCUACUGAACGGGACCUGUCUGGUGUCAAGGGAGAUAUGCAGAGGGCAGCACAGUAUAUGCAGUCAGCCUGUCUGAACUUCAAUGCUCGCACCAGGAAUGAUGACACACAAGCUCAGGUGAGUCUGGACAGAGAGCGAAGUGAGAAGAUGUCUUUGGAAAGUCAACUGAGAGAUAAAGAUCGGGAUGUUCGGCAACUCCAGGACAGGAUAAAUGAACUGACCAUGAAGAAUGAGAGGCUGAAGAUUCAGCUGGAGGAAAAGGAAAAAGCUAUUAGUUUUAUCCAGAAGUCACGAGUUCAGAUUGAGCAGGCUAGUGAAGAUGCAGAGACAGAUACAGCCAGACAUCUUCGAGAGGAAACAGAGGCACUGCACUCUGCCCUUCGUAACAUUGCUGAAGCAGUCAUAAAUGAUGCUGACCAGUUCCUUGAAGGUGAGGAAGAUGGGGUCCCUCGACGAUCAGCCACACCGACCCACAGAGCCUCAUCACCCACCUUCAGGGCCUCCUCCAUUUCACCAACAAGGUCCAAGACCUCAUAUGCAAGACUGAGAUCACCUCAGCGUUCUGCAUCUCCCCUGACGAGAUCUAGAUCCCCCGCUUUCGCUGACGCUACAUUCUCGGCUGUUCAGGCAGCACUGAAUAAAAGACAGCUGCAGGUAUCAGAGCUAAGAGCCAAACUGAAUGCCACUCGUGACUCGAGUACAUCGCUGAAGAAGGCUCUGGAAGAUGCCAGCAACGAGAAGAAGAGAAUGGAGCUUGUCAUUUUGAACCUCAAGGAGGAUCUAGAGACUGUACGAAGGGAGAAAGAGGACUCCUCACGAGAUCGAGAUCGAAUUAAAAAUGUUCUGAACCAGACCGGCUCAGAAAAGUCUCAGCUGGAGCGGGUCAGGGCAGAGCUAAACACCCAGAUUGAAGAUCUGCAGAAAGACAAUGAGAGGCUGAAGGCUGCCAAUGGGGAACUCCAGCGAAUGCGAGAUAACCUGGAGGAUGAGAAGGAGGACAUUAUCAAGGACAAGGACCGACAGGUCAAGGAGAAUGAAAGAUGCCAAAGAGUCAUUGAACAGCUGGAGCACAAGAUGUCAUCCAUCAGAGAGGAGCUGUUAGCAACAAAAGAGGCCCUUAACAGAGCUCUUCUAGACAAAGAAGUUUUGGAUGGUCAGAAUAGAGAAAUAAAUGACACCUUGUCAAGAUCACAGCUGCAGAAAGCAGAGCAAGAAGUGGAGAUCAACCAUCUCAGACGAGAGGAAGCAGCACUGAAAGAUGCCCUAAUGAAGCUGCAGGCACUCAAUGAGGGGCUGGGCCAGGACAAGAUUGAGCUCAAUAGGAUCAUCCUUCAGCUGGAAGCAGAGAAGGCCUCCCUGAGUGGUGAGAAGUCUGCCUUGGAGCAGGAGAAGUCUGGCAUUCGGGAGGAGCUGGUCAGGGUUGAGCAGGAGAAGAUGGACUUGGAUACAGAGAAACAUGGUCUCAAUCAUACCUUGGAACUGUCUGAGAUGUCCAGACAUCAGCUAGAGGAGGAGAUUGCUGGGCUGACCAAGGACAAGCAAGAAGUUAUUGCUCAGCUCAAUGUAUUAUCCAGACAAAAGCACGCCCUAGCAGAUGAACUAUUGACAGGACGGAGAGAAGUGGAGAGGUUGCAAGCAGCGUUUGAACGUGUGAUCAAGGAGAAGGAGAUACUGACACAAGACAAAGGAGAAUUAGUUGUCCAGAUCACUGCCUGUGAAAGAGAAAAUCGACAGCAGGGUGAGAUUAUAGCAGCUUAUGCCGCUGACAAAGACAGCCUGGAGAGCGCCCUCUGUGAUACACAGCAACACGUUAGAGAACUGGAGGUCAGAAUGUCACAGCUAGAGGGAGAGAAUCAAGAACUGAUCGUGAAAAAGGAACAUCUGCAGUCUGACAUUGCCCGGUUGGAGAAAGAAAAACAGACUGACCUUGAGAUGUUUGAGCAUCAGCAGACGCGAGAAUCACAGCUGACACUGACAAAGGAGAAGCAGGCGCAUGAGGAAGAUGUGGAAAGGUUGAUGAGAGAAAGGGAGAGUCAGCGUGUUGAGUAUGACAACAACAGGGAGCAGCUGAUUCAUCAACACAGUAUUGAGAAGGAUGAACUGACGAGCACGUUUGAACAUCAGAAGGAGGAGUUGCUACAGGAGCUGGCUUGUUUGCAGCGGGACAGGGAUGAUGCCUUGCUGGUGUCCGAGAAUGAUAAACAGCAGGUCAUUUCCUUGAUGGAGCAAGAAAAGGCAGCACUGCAAGAGAAAAAUACAUCUCUGACUGCAGAGCUCAACCAAUUAAAUCUUGAGUUUGAACGUCUAAAGCGGGAGUCCCAGUUGCAGCAGGAGCAGAAUCGAACCAGCAUCAAUUCUCUUCAGAGUGAGCUGAGAAAUAUCAGAACUCAGUUUGAAGAAACCAUGGAAAGCCAUGACCGUGAGGUGAAGGAUUUAACUGCCCAGGUCAGGGAAAUCAGCAAACACAGGGAAGCUGCACUAAGGGAGAUUUCAGAACUGAAGACACAGCUGACUGUGGUGGAAGAGACUAGGGACACCAUCAGGAGGGACCUCAUCGAGGCCAACAGAGCAGUUAGAGAAGGUGAAGAGGUCAAAGAACAACUACGUCGGGAGAUUGUGGAACUCAAGCGAGCCCUUGGGGAGGAAGCUAGGGAGAAAGACCUCAUUAGAAUAAAUGCAGAUGAGCUCAGGAAUAAAGUGAAGAAACUUGAAGGAGAAAAGAAUGAGAUGAGUCGGGUCAUUCAAGAAGCCAGACAGAGAAUUGGAGUUUUGAAUGAGCAGAAGGCGGGAGUUCAACAGGAAGCUGCAGAAUUGCGUAACAACCUGCGUGAGGUAGAGAAAGCACGACUUGAGGCUCGUCGGGAAUUGCAGGAGUUGCGCAGACAGGUAAAAAUGCUGGAUGGCGAACGCAGUAAACUGGACAAAGAAGUUACAGAGUUGCAGACUCGUGUGGCUAAGGAUGAAGAGAAGGAGGAGGAAGCCAGAAAAACAUCCUUUGACCUGAAGCAGAAGGUUGUUGAGACAGAAGCCUCUCGGGAAGCACUGCGCAAGGACCUGGCAAAUCUGCAGCGUAAAAUGGCAGAGUUGAUUGAUGAAGCAAGGCUCAAGGAGAGGGAUUACCAACUGGCCCUCGAGGACAGCCGCAGAUCUGAGCGGAAACUGGAAGACAACCGACGCAACCUGGAGAUAUCUCUAGAAAACAGCAGCGCCGAAGCAGCAGAGCUCAGGUUGAAACUGAGUGGCACUGAGGGACGGGUCAGUGCCCUGGAGGCUGCCUUGGCUCGCCUGGACAGCAUCAAGCGAGAAUUAGAAUUCAAGCUCAGCAGUAUUGUCUCCACCUUACGCCGCACUGUUGGGUUCCGUAUGGACCGGUCGCGCUCCAAGAGUCCCGGCAUUUUGAAGUCACGAAGCCCAUCGCCUCGACGCUCAAGGCCUACCUCACCAUCUAAAGGCUUUGACAACACCUAUGCUACGACCACAGAAGGAAGAGGUAGUCCAAUCCCACGAACAGGGUCUCCUCUUCGAAAUGGAAGCCCAUUUAGGAGCCGCAAUCGCAGCAGUAGUCCUGGCCGAGUUGACUGCACUGACGUCGAUAUUGAGGCAGUUCGAGCGGCGCUACGUGACUUUGUCUCCCAGCUAGCUUCUGCAGAAAGGGAAAGGGAUGAUGCUCUGUCCCAAGUUCGCAGUCUGACUACACAGUUGAAAGAUCUUGAAGAUGAGAGGGAAAGAGUUGAAAACAGACUGAGAAUUUUGCAGAAGUCACUAGGAGAGGCAGAGGAAGGCAAGCGGGAUAUUGAUGGGCGUCUGGCAUCUACUCAGACUGCUCUAAUGCUACAGGAAGAGACAAUUCGCAGGAAUGAACGUGAGCGCAAGGCUUUGGCAGACAAGGUUCUUAAUCUGGAACGAUCAAUUGCUUCUGUGGAGACUGAGAAAAGACAGUUACAGGAGAAGAUAUCAAAGCUCAAACAGAACGAGUCCAAGCUAGAAGAAGACAAGAAACAAAUGAGGGCCAGUUUAGAUGAUGCUGAGAAUCGCUGUACCAAAAUUGAACUCAGCAGGAGAGCUCUAGAAGGAGAGCUUCAGCGUAGCAAGCUGGCAAUCAAUGACCGGGAGACAGAAAAUCAG